AUGGAAACUAUCCAAGACAGUGAUGAAGAGUUCUACGAUGCUGUUGAGAAAUCAGCAGACAUGGUCAACGACAACUCAGCUAGGAAUGCUAACUUUAAUAACGAUAUUUCUGACACCCAGAGCAUGACUUCUAACAAUUCUGCAUCAGCUGUGACACAAACUGAGGAUUUCUUGACCCAUUCUCCAUGACUCCCAAAGUACAAAAAAAGGGACAAAGAAUUUUGCGAGUUCCAAAAUUUUCAGCUGAGCCAAGAGCUAGGCCUGACCCAAAAAAGCCAAAGCGAGUUCUGGAUCAUGAAAUUCAGCCCUAAUGGGAGAUUUUUAGCGAUUUCUGGAGGAUGCUGCGUAACUUCAGUAUAUGAAAUUUCAGCGUUCAGGAAUGGAGACACCCAGCUUUUGCACCCUUUUCCGUUUAUUAUGUUCAGUGAGCAUACACGAGCAGUUACCAGCAUUUCUUGAGACUGUACCAGCUCUAGGCUAUUAUCUUCCUCAUUGGACGGAACAGUUAAGUUAUGAUUAAUCGGCUCUGAGUCUUCAAUUGACACAUUCCAGCACCCUUGUGGAGUAAAUGCCUGCUGCUUUCAUCCUAUGAAUGAAAACUAUUUUGUCACGGCUUGCCAAGAUAGAGUUAUCAGGCUUUAUAAGUUGCCUGAUAGGAAAAUUGAAGGGUUUUACCAGACUAUUGAUCACAUUUUUUCGUUAGCUUAUUCUGCAGAGGGGCAGUUUUUGGCUGCGGGGCUAGCUAAAGGGCAGGUGAUGAUUUAUGAGUCAAGAAGCACAGACUUGAGGCUGAGGCAUAGCUAUACCAUUUUGUGUAGGAAUAGAAGUGGCCUAAGGAGUAAAGGCAGAAAGGUGACGGCUGUAGAAUUCAUGGACUGUGAACACGUGCUGGUUACUACUAAUGACUCUAGGAUCAGGCUGUAUAAAUUUACAGAAAAUCUUAUGAUGCAAAAAUACAAGGGUGGCCAUUUUACGAAAUUCCCUAUUAAGGCCUCUUUUUCGCAGGAUAUUGGACAUGUGAUUGCGAGUACUGAAAGAGGACGAGUGAUUAUAUGGAACACUUUUGGCUGCCUUGGGGUCAAGCGUGGGGUAAAAAACCAAAGCUAUGAGUGCUUCCGGGCGAGGAAGCGAAAAGUCCCUGAGUAUUCGAUUUUUGCACCCACAGUCGUACUGCUGAAGCUGAGAGAAUGCCAUCAAUUAUCAAAUGAUAAAAGAGACCUGAGACAUAUAAUAAUCACUAUAGGGGCAAAAGAUACCUUAAGAGUAUUCUAUAACCUUUUUUAA